AUGAGAAAAGAAGCAAGCAAAACAGCAAAAAAAGCAAGUAAUAAAGAAAAGCAGCAAAGAAAGCAAUAUAGCAAAGAAAAGCAAAAUGGCAAAGAAAAACAAAGUGGCAGAAAAGCAAAGCAGCAAAAAAAAAGCAAAGCAGCAAAAAAAAGCAAAGCAGCAAAAAAAACAAAGCAGCAAAAAAAAGCAAAGUGGCAAAGAAAAACAAAGCGACAAAGAAAA